AUGAGGUUCUCGACAGCUAUUGCUUUCCUUUCACUAGGCUACCUCCAAGGUGCCAAUGCUAUUUGCAACUCAGGCGAAGUUGGCGUCGGCCGCAAGCAGGUGUAUCAAUGGCAAGGACAAAACAAUGUUUUGGUUACCGACGAAUGGGUCAUCGCCGCCAACAACUGCGGUGAUAUUGGUCUCUCCCAGAACGAAUUCCAAGGCAACCCGUGCAGCGGUGGCCCAGGCUACGGCACCGGCAAUGGGAUCAACAGCUGUGAUAGCAGCGGCAAGCCUGGCUUUGUAUGGACCAAGGGUGGCAAUUUUCACAACUGUUAUUCGGUUUCUCAAUCCUGCGCUACCGGACCUUUUCUCUAUGAGCCUAUUUACUGGUGCUGUCAACGCUGGUAA